AUGGCCAAGUACUCUCCCACCGUCACCCUCAAGGGUCCGAUGAACGGCUCGCUCCUCGUGUUCGCGUACACGUCCUUCAUCAUCUGUGUUGUCAUGAUCCACCGUGACAAGGAGCUGUUCCACUCGUACCCCGCCGCCGUUGUCGCCCAGAUGGUCUGCGCGAUCGUCCAGAUGAUCUACAUGUUCGUCUACUUCCUCAAGUCGCACUCCAAGAUCUACUCGGUCCGCAACAUGUUCAUCGUCAACGGCCUGCUCAUGCUCUACUGCUUCGGUGCCUCCAUCGCUAUCACCGUCCUUGGCAAGCGUCACGGCGACGGCUACUGCCCCGGCGACACGCCUGCCGCCCACGACUGCCAGGGCGUCCUCCGCGGUACCAUGGGCAUGGCCUGGGUUCUCUGGAUCUGGAACAUCUUCUGGAUGGCCAUCAUCGCCAUGAUCGUCUCCACCACCAACUCGUCCUGGUCGGAGCCCCUCGGCAACGUCCCCGUCAUCGACAAGGUCGAGGAGGAGGCUCCCAAGCACUAA